ACAGCCUCUGCUUUUGCGUUUCGCCGCAAAGAGGGAAGGCAAGCUGUCAUUUGUCAGUCCCCGUCUUCGUUCCCAUCCCAGCCAACGAAGUUGGUUGACCCCACUGGGGCCUGGCUACCAGGUUCAGCUCAUAGGUUUCUCCAGCAAUGAGGUGAAUGAGCCGAAGUGGGGAGAGAUGGACAACUGCAGCAGAUUCUUUCAUGGCAAAGUCAAUCGCGAAAAUGCGACGAAGUUACUACUUUCUGGCCAGGUGAAGCCUCGGGACGGACUUUUUCUUGUCCGUGAGAGUUUACGCUCCCCGGGUUACGUGCUCUCGCUGGUCUUUUCAGGCCAAGUAUACCACUAUCAAAUCUCAAGUCGCGAGGAUGGAUACCUUCGAAUAGACGACGGUCCUCUAUUCAAGAAAUUGGACCUUGUAGUUGGACACUAUCGCGUUCAGCCCGAUGGACUUCCUUGUCAUUUGACAGCUGCAGCCCCUGGUGGCGGACCACCCCCAACAAUCGAGGCCCCAAGGCAAGCAAUGGAGUUUGGUGGUCCUUCUCUGCAUCAGGCUUCAUCAGAAGGAAGUGUACCCAUCAUACUGCGACAUCUUGCUGAACGACCACAAGAUGUGAAUUGUAGGGACAUGCAUGGUUCCACACCUCUGUUAGAGGCAAUUCGAAACGGGCAGGAGUCUGUGGUGAAAGUGCUUUUGUCUCACAGGGCAGACCCGACCAUCAGAGAUACCAAUGGCAGCACAGCGCUCAAGCUUGCAACUACAUGUGGCUACUUGAACAUUGUGCGGAUGCUCAUUGAAGAAGGCGGCUGUGAUGCUCAAGAUCGUGCACCCAAGUCAGGAUGGGUGCCGCUGCAUGAAGCGGCUCUUUGCGGCUACGUUGACAUGUGCCGGCUCUUGCUCAACCUCGGGGCACCGCUGCAGCCGCGCACACCGGAGAAUGAAACACCGCACGACAUUGCUCUGAGAUGUGGCCAGGGACACAUUGUGGAGCUGCUCGAACGCUACAAUGCCAAUACUCCUCCACCGAAGAGCAAUCGGCGAGACUGGCUGCAUCGCAGUCUCAACCGACAGGGAGCUGUCCUGCUGUUGCAGAAGACAGGCAUGCGCGAUGGCACCUUCAUGAUCCGUCCAAGUUCUCGCACGGUCGGCUUCUACGCGCUUUCUCUUUGCUUCAUGGGAGAAUGCUUUCACUAUGAAAUCUGCUCCAUUGGCGACUACCAAUUCUUUAUUGAUGAUGGUCCCUACUUUGAUGGCUUGGAGUAUCUGAUUGACUACUAUAAAGUGCGGUCGGAUGGUCUUCGGACGACCUUGCUAGAGCCAGUGCGUCCCGAUCGUGCUGGCACUGCCGCCGGCAGCCCCAUGCUAUUUGAUGAUCAGCUUUCAAGAAGAUCUCCUCAAGCUGCCGGCCCUAUGCUAGGGGCCAAUACCUUCCCGCAGCCCGUUCCGUCACCAGCACCGCCAACUCGCAUGGCCUCUGGCAAGAGACCAUCCGCUGCGUCUCCAGCACCUCCGCCCCACGGACACUUCAGUUCAAUAUCAUCCGAUACAGAACCACCGCCGCCACCCCCAGCCGUCGCCCGUCGUGGAAGUCUCUCGAAAACACUCAAUCGCGAGGACGUCACUCUUGGACGUCUGCUUGGUGAAGGAGAGUUUGGUGCCGUGCUCAAGGGUAGUUAUCGUCAACGUGAUGGUCGAAUGAUGGAUGUCGCUGUCAAAACAUUGCGUGGAGACGAUGUUCCGUCAGGACAACGUGAAUUCAUGCGUGAAGCCCGUGUGAUGAUGAGCUUAAACAACCCGUGUGUUGUGAAGCUCAUCGGCGUUGUGCAAUCGAAGCCUAUGAUGUUGGUUCAAGAAUUGGUUGCACUGGGUUCUCUGCUAAACUACCUGCUUGACCAUGUGGAUAGUAUUGAUGUCUCGUCCAUGGAGUUGUGGGCAUCUCAAAUAGCCAACGGCAUGCUUUACUUGGAGACGAAGAAAUUCGUCCAUCGUGAUCUUGCAGCCAGAAAUAUUCUGCUAUCGUCUAUGACUCAGGCCAAGAUCAGUGAUUUCGGUUUAUCCAGAGCAUAUGGUACAGACAGCGACUAUUACCGAGCUACAGAAGGUGGUAGAUGGCCUGUCAAAUGGUAUGCUCCCGAAUCUAUCAACUAUGGAACAUUCUCCAGUGCAUCAGACGUGUGGAGUUAUGGAGUGACUCUUUGGGAGAUGUACUCGUUUGGAGCUCAGCCGUAUGCUGAUAUGCGCGGUGUGGAGGUGCUGGAGAUGCUAGAAAACCGAGGUGAUCGUCUCGCCAGGCCCAGUUACUGUCCAGAGCAUACAUAUCGCUUGAUGCUGAAAUGCUGGUCUCUGGAAGAGCGCGAGCGGCCCACGUUCAGUCAGCUAUAUCAAUUCUUCUUGAACGAUCCGGGCUUUGCAGCAAUCCGCUCGCACAGUGAAUUCUACCAGGACCCGCGCACACUCGUGUAACUUUCUCAGCCAGCAGCUACGCUGCCUCCCGUGCUAACGCUGUCGCAGUAUAUUGGCACUCGUGAUGCUUCCUGUGUGUUGGGACCGACUCGCCAUGGCAGUGCAGUGUCAUCAUUCUAACUUACUAACCUGGAACUCACAGUCAUUGUGGACCACUGCAACCAUCUUUGCCGAAAGGCAUUUUAACAUAUUUUUUAUAUAUAAUUCCUACAACCUCUGCUGUCAUCGCUAAUGCACAACCACACCGCUAUCGCUAGCUCUACCCCUAUCUUCCAUGUAUAUAAACGCAUCCGCUUGGACUCCUUAUAUUGUGUCUUAUUUAUAAUUUAUUUUUUUAUAUUCAACAUCCGUGGAAGAGUU